GCCCGACUCUCACCUGCGGGAGGUUGUUGGGGCCCUGGAGCAGUUCCUGCAGGAGGGACGCAUGUCGGCUCUGCUCUGGGAGGUCUGCCAGCAGCAAGUGCAGGCCGGCCCGGCCGAGCUGCAGGAGGCCCUGCUCAGCAAGAUCGUCUGUUUGCCUGAUCAUGUCAGCAACAGACUCGAGGGGAAAAACCCACCGGUGUUCUUCCCACACAACUACUUCCCGCUCCUGGGGGAUGCCAUUAUCCAGGUGCUGCAGAAGAUAUCUGACUCCCUAAGAGGUGGCUCGGACUGCUCAAUCUCUUUUGUUUCUCACGUCCUGGGGAAGGCGUGUGUCCAUGGAAGACAAAAGGAGAUCCUGGGUGUUUUGGUGCCCCGCCUGACAGAGCUGACCAAGUCAGACUGCAUCUGGCAGAGGAUGUGCUGGCGGCUGCUGGAGUGUGUGCCCGAGCGCUGGAUGGAGGCCGUGGUCCUCGGCUUUGUGCAGCGAGCACCCGGGGCAGAUGUCUUGUCCAGGUUGCUGGGAAACCUGGUUGUGAAAAACAAGAAGGCUCAGUUUGUGGUGACGCAGAAGGUGCUGCUCCUGCAGUACGGCCACGCGACUGCAGUGCUGCAGAACCUCCUUGGCUACCUGUCCCUGGACAGCCUUCGGCGUGCCCUGCUGAUCAAAGUGCUGCAGGAACUGCUGGAGACCUGGAGCAGCAGCAGUGCUGUGAAGCACUCUCCCCCUGAGCAGCAGCAGUAUAUUAGCAAGGCCAUUCUUAUCUGCCUCUCCCACCUGAAGGAGCCUGAAAUUGAGAGCUGCAGACAAGAGCUGCUCACAAACAUGAUGGAGGGUGUGAAAUGCCACUUGGACAGCAACCUGCCACAAGUGCGGCGGCUGGGAAUGGUGGUGGCAGAGAGCAUUAGUUCAAGAAUCAACAGUGAUGGGCCUGUCUUGAAGUUUCAGUAUGAAGAAGAUGAUGAAACAAGAGAAUUGAAGUCCCUUCUGGUGCAGACUCCCCCACUGGAGACCGUUGUCCCCAGCCUUCCUGAUGAUGAGAAGAAUGAGAAAGCAGAUGCUGCACUGCAGUUGACACUGAAAAGUAAUGAGAAAUCACAAACGGCAGCUCCUGUGAUGCCAGAUGAGGAGUCAGAUGAUGAACUUGACAGUGAUGAUGACCUCAUACCCUAUGACAUGUCAGAGGAUAAAGAACUAAAGACUAAGGCUCCUGUGUACAUCCGAGAUUGUAUUGAAGUCCUGACAGGAAGUGAAGAUGUGGACAAAUGGGAAGCUACAGUCAAGGCCCUUGAGAGCUUGAUUCGAAAGAAUCCAGUAGCAACAAGAGAGGUUAGCGUGGAGCUGGCAAAGAUCUUACUGCACCUGGAGGAGAAGACCUGUGUAGAAGGCUUUGUGGAGCUUCGUCAGAGAGCUCAAGUAGCUGUUUUAACCACAGAUCCAGUGCCUGUAGCGAAGUACUUGACCUCCCAGUUCUACUCUCUGAACUACAGUCUUCGUCAGCGCAUGGACAUCCUGGAUGUAUUGGUUUUGGCAGCCCAAGAACUGUCCUAUCCCAAAUGCCAUGGGAAGACCAAGCAUUCUGGUGCCCAAACCCCUUGUAGCCAGCUCCUUCCUGGAAGUAACAGCUCUAAGGACUGGAAAAGAAUUGUUGAUGAGAGGAUCAAAAGCAAGACUCGGAGAUUUGCUACGGGUCAGUCUCGGGUGGAACUGGCUUCCAGCCCAAAUGAGUUCAAUUCUGUUGCUGGGCACUUCUUUUUUCCAUUGAUUCAGCACUUUGACAGGCCUUUGACAACAUUUGAUCUCCUGGGGGAAGAUCACUUGGUCCUGGGAAGACUGGUCCACACUUUAGCAAUCCUGAUGUACUUGGCCAUCAACACUGUGGCAGCUGCUGCCAUGGGAAGGGCACUGCUGGAGUUUGUCUGGGCUCUGCGUUUCCACGCCGACUCGUACGUGCGCCAGGGCCUUCUGUCCUGCGUCUCCUCCGUGCUCCUCAGCGCCCCUGCGGAGCGUCUCCUGGAAGACAUGACAGAAGAGCUCCUGGAGACUCUGUCCUGGCUGGGAGAUGUGGUGGAGAAAGAUCCAGAUGGGGACUGCAGGAGGCUGGCCUUGCAGAGCUUGCUGCUAAUGGAGAACUUGAAAAAGAAACUCAAAGCUGUCCCUUCCUAGCUGAAGGGUAGAAGAAACGAGCUUUACCUCAUCCUCUUGCCAGCUGGAUGUGUGUAGGCACUGCUGGAGCCUCUUCAGCAGUCACCUGGCUGGAGGAGAGGAAGCAGGGGGAGGGUGCAGAGCUGUAAGCCAGCGAACCUGACUUGACAUCUGGACUUUGUAGUGGCGGCCAGCGCAGCGCGCGGCCAUCCGGUACGGCGUGUACAGAGGCAGGAAUUUGGCCAGCCCCGCGUCCUCCCC